AUGGACGUUCAAAAGUUGUUCGACGUCAAGGGCAAAGUCGUGCUGGUCACUGGUGGCGCCAAAGGAAUCGGUCGGAUGAUCUCAGAAGGCUUCGUAAAGAAUGGCGCCACUGUCUAUAUCUCGUCGCGAGACGCCAAGUCUUGCGAUAAAGCUGUAAACGAGCUCAAUGCACUUGGCACGGGCAAGGCCUAUGCUAUCCCUGCCGAUUUCUAUAAAGAAGAGGAAGUCAAGAGAUUGGCCGAAGAGAUUGCUAAGCGUGAGAGUAAGCUGCAUGUUCUUGUCAACAACUCGGGUUCCAACUGGGGUGCCCCGUACGACGAAUACCCUUCGUCUGCCUGGACACGAGUUCUCACCCUCAAUCUUCAUCGUGUGUUCGACCUUACCAAGCUUCUCACCCCUCUACUGGAGAAAGCCGGCUCAUCUGGCGACCCGGCUCGCAUCAUCAACAUCGGUAGCGUUGAUGGUAUAAGGGUUCCGGCUCUGGAAACCUUUGCCUACAGUGCCAGUAAAGCUGGAUUACACCAUUUGAGUCGUGUUUUGGCACACCACCUUGGUAGACGGAACAUCACAUCAAACUCCUUGGCCUGUGGCCCAUUCGAGAGCAAGAUGAUGGCUGCCACCUUGGAAGCGCAUCGAGAGACCAUCGAGGCAAGUAUUCCUUUGGGUCGUAUUGGUACCCCGGAGGAUGUUGCAGGUGCGUGCUUGUUCUUGAGCAGCCGCGCCGGCUCGUAUGUGAAUGGAGCGACUAUCACUCUGGACGGCGGUAGCGUAAUCGCAGCGAAGCUCUGA